AAAAUAUAUAACCUUUCACUUGUAUAGGGCGACACGGAUUUUGGUGACAGCAAUGACGGCAUGGACUCAGAUACGAGCACUUCUUCCAGUAAUAGUAAACAGGUUGUUGUGGGCAUCUGUGCAAUGGCCAAGAAGACACAAUCGAAGCCUAUGAAGGAGAUAUUGACACGACUCGGCGAGUUUGAGUUCAUCAAGCUGGUUACUUUUGAGGAAAAUGUGAUAUUGAGAGAGCCUGUGCAAAAUUGGCCCAUAUGCGAUUGUCUUGUGUCUUUUCAUUCCAAGGGCUUUCCACUGGAAAAGGCUAUCGAGUAUGCCCAGCUACGCAAUCCCUUUGUGCUCAACAAUUUGCAUAUGCAAUACGAUAUACAGGACAGACGACGAGUUUAUGCCAUUCUGGAAAAAGAGGGCAUUGAGAUACCGCGUUAUGCUGUGCUCGAUCGAGAUUCUCCUGAUCCGAAACAUCAUGAACUUAUUGAGUCUGAAGAUCAUGUGGAGGUCAAUGGAAUUACAUUUAAUAAACCAUUCGUUGAAAAACCCGUUUCGGCCGAGGAUCACAACAUCUAUAUCUACUAUCCGACAUCUGCUGGCGGCGGUAGUCAGCGUUUAUUUCGUAAAAUCGGUAGCCGCAGCAGCGUUUACUCACCGGAAUCGCGUGUCCGUAAAACUGGAUCAUUCAUCUACGAGGACUUCAUGCCUACCGAUGGCACUGAUGUGAAGGUCUACACUGUUGGCCCAGACUAUGCCCAUGCGGAGGCACGCAAAAGCCCAGCGCUCGAUGGCAAAGUAGAGCGCGAUAGCGAAGGAAAAGAAAUCCGCUAUCCAGUUAUACUCAAUCACUCGGAGAAGCUUAUCUCGCGCAAGGUGUGCCUUGCCUUUAAACAGACUGUUUGCGGCUUUGAUUUGCUGCGCGCCAAUGGCAAAAGCUAUGUCUGCGAUGUCAACGGAUUUAGUUUCGUAAAGAAUUCUAAUAAGUACUACGAUGACUGCGCUAAAAUAUUGGGCAACAUGAUAUUGCGAGAGCUGACACCGACCCUUCACAUACCUUGGUCUGUGCCAUUUCAAUUAGACGAUCCUCCCAUUGUGCCCACAACUUUUGGCAAAAUGAUGGAGUUGCGCUGCGUGGUGGCAGUCAUACGCCAUGGCGAUCGCACGCCCAAACAGAAAAUGAAGGUCGAAGUGCGACAUCCCAA